CCUCGUGUUCCCGCAGGCGACGUUCUGCAGAGUCAUCCUGGCACCUACUACCAUUAUGAGCCUCUUCUGGAUUUCGGCAUCAACCAGGUGCGCUACGGCCAGGACGCGACUCAGGCGCUGCACAACCUGAGGCACCUUCUCACCUGCGAUUACAGCGAAAUGGAGCACUACCUGGACUUCGGGCCCGACCACCCGUGGCUGUUCACGCAUAACCAGGUGCUGUGGAGCCAGUGCCAGGCCUUCCCCGACCUGUGCUGGAAGCCCGAGUUCCUGUCGCCCUUCUGCAGCCUCUUCCCCUUCCAGUCCCUCAAGACGGUGCGCCUCAGGCUCAACCUCACGCAGGAACUGUUGCAGGACAAGAAGUUGGGCGUGCAGGUGCUGCUUCUGGUCCGGGACCCGAGGGGCACGAUGCAGUCGCGGCGCCACCGAGACUGGUGUCCGGGGGAGCCUGACUGCGACGACCCGGCCAGGCUCUGCGGCGACCUCGUCAGCGACUACAACACGGCUCUGGUUCUAAGAAGAAAGUUUCCGCAUUCCUUUAGAGCCGUCCGCUAUGAAGACUUAUCGUUCGACGCCUACAACAUGACAAAGGAACUCUUCGACUUCUUCCACCUGAGCUACCACCCUCGCGUGCAGUCCUUCCUCGACACGCACACCAAGCAGACCAUCGGGGGCGUGUCCAGCACCUUCAGGGACUCCAAGACGGCGCCCAUCCACUGGAAGACCGACCUCGCGUGGGCGGAAGUGGAGAGGAUCCAGAAGGCGUGCCACAAGGCCCUCAAGCUGUGGGGUUACAACGUAGCCAGGAACGAGGAGCAUCUGCGCGCGUUCAUGCCCGUCGGCCGCUUCAAGUUCCCUUGAUGAAACGAGGGGCGUAAACAACUCUAUAAACAACUUUCGCGUAAACAUGAAGAUUAUUUGUAAUUGUUGGUUAUGGAUUCGAGAGAUUUCGUGAGAAUCAGAGAAGAAGAAAAAGACAAAGAAACCGCUGCCUUAAGAAUAAGAAUUGGUUGUGAUAUUUUCUUUCCUAAUCUCUCCGACGGAACUUUUCGUGUGAUAUUCACUGUCUGUAUGAAGGAGGCAUUGCGUGUAAAGGUAGAUUGCUUUCCCUCUGAAUCUAAGUCAAAUAAAUGUAAGAACGUAAUCAGUAAACUGUUUACAGGUUUUGUAAAUAUGAGAAAGCCUAUUCUGAAUAUGUGCUCUUUGCGUACCUUAUGAACUAAGGAGGUGCUAAUGGAGUUUUUUCCGUUCUUCCAAAACAGAAAAUAUAGCUAUUUUAUAUUGAUAAAACGGCGAAGAAAACGCAUAUGAAUGGGAGUGACAUUCAUGAAAAUAUUUACCUGCAUAAUUGUUGUGAAAUACCCGGGGAAAACUUCGAAGAAUGGACUCGAUGCCAAACGUACAACUUAAGUGUUAUCUUCCGGUGCAAGGCCAUGGAGUCGAACGGGUGGUCGCGCUGUAGGGAGACCACGUGACCUAGACCACGUGAUCUAGUGUCGGUGAAAGGACUACUCUCCUUCGAGGUGGUUUCAAUACAAAACGCCUCACCCAGGUUAUAUGUUGGUGCUUGCCAUGACGUUUGAAUAUCACAUGGGUAAUAAAAAACAAGGCGAUGUGACAUUGUGAAUGGUUGGCAGAUUGGUGCUUUUGUAAGUGAUUGUGUGUGAGGAUAUAUAUUUGAUUUUACAUUUGUUAUGAAAGAGAGUGUUUCUUUCAAUGCUGCAAAUUCAUUGUGGUGGGUAAAGUUGUAUUAAGUGCUGUUGUAUUAAUCGUUUUUUUUUAUAUAUAAUGAAAGUUUAUUUUUGUUUAUUGCUAACUUUUCAUGCAUAUUUUAUAUCCAUAUAUUUUUAAUGAUAAUUGUUUCUUGAAAGUGUGCACGAGUUGUUAACAGAUUUAUUAGUAUAUAUCACACAGAUUUGCCUUCUAGAUAAAAACCUUAUGUCAGUACGAAGCACCAGCGAGUGACGCUUUUUAACACAGCAUACUGCAGAACACGAACCUGUGAUCAAUAGUUGUAUACCAUCAUCGUAUUUACAUUAAUAUAUGCUACUUUUAUUUCAGUGAAUGUUGACAGUAUAAAUUGUUUCAGUGAAAUCUUUAAAACUUACAAUAUUUUUGUAUCCAUAAACAUGUUAGUCAUUAUUAAUAUAUUCUGAUAUGUUUGAACCAUGUCAGAUAUCAUUUUAUCUGACGCUAAAGAUUGUUGGGGUAUACUUUUUUUUUCUUUAAUGUUCGACUGUCAGUUGUUAACUUCUUGUAGCUGAACAUUAGAAAUGCUUGCUGAUACCGUCAUGAACUGGAAGAUUUUUAGUGUGAAACAGAAAUGUGCUGGCAAUUAAUGUGAUUUUUUUUUACAUCCCAUUUCUGAUCACUUCCCUCCAAAGAUGAUACCACCACAUUUUUCAGUUCUAAAAUAGCCCUUGUACUCUGUAUGUGAUCGAUACCAUGGUUAUUUGGUAUCGGCGUUGUGUGUACAUAAUAAAGCUGAAUGUGGAAACAA